AUGUCCUCCAUAGGGACCCCAUCCCAAGCAAGCACCAAUAGCAAAUCAACCAGCCCCCGUACCCUCUGGUCCGGCACCCAAUCCACCCUCAAACGCAUCUUGUCUUCCCACCUCAGCCUCGGCCUCAGCAACCGCACACCUCCCUCGCUUCUCUCGAGAACAGCCUCUCGAUCCGAGCGCGGCAGCGUCGUCCGCUACCUCAUCACUUUACCCCCCAAGCCCUCGCGCCCGACGAGUAAGACCGCAGGAUGUCUCUCCCUGCGCUUGUGCCUGCGAUGCCGGUGUUGCUGCUUGAACGGGGAGAGCAUUCUCGCGAUUGCGUGUCCGCCUGUGGCUGUGUACCGCGGGGCGGCGGGACGGAAGGUCGAGAAGAGGGUUGCGGUUGCGGUUGUGUUGACUAUUGUCGGAUGGGUUCCUGGAGUGAUAUGUGAGGAGAAUACGAAUGGACGCAGGAGGCCCGAGUAG